UAAGCCGCUGACUCUGAGGAAUCGUUGAAACUCUCUGUCUCCAUCAUUUUCCAGGCCUCUACACUCUUCACUGAGAGAGAGAGAGAGAGAGAGAGAGAGAGAGAGAGAUGGCAUCGGCCUGCAGAUCGGCAGUAAUGGCGGGAGCAAGGUCCGUCGCAGCUCGAUCCAAAACACCACUUCUCAAAAACCUCUUAUCACCCAAAUCCAGCCCCCCUUCUCCCUUCUCCUCUUCCACAAGGUCUUCCGCUGCUUCAAGGAUAGCUGCGGUGCUGGGAAGCGUGGAGUCAAUGAUGCCACUUCACAGCGUAAUUGCUUCUGCUCGUCUGAGGUCCAGCAUCGCUGUUGAUUCCACCUGCUGGAGCUUGCUUUCUCAGGUGUUCCGCAUUCGUUUGAAAAAGAGAAACAGAAAAACACUCUAUCUGGGACGGAAGCAAGAUCUUUUAGGAAGGGGGGACAAUAAAUUAUCCUGGUCCACAAAUAUGUUGCUGAAACACUCAUUAGCUUCCUGCAAAAGUUUUCAUUGGUAGAAGAGAAAUGAAUAUGUUGCUGAAACACUUGUAAGCUUCCUGCAAAAGGUGAGAAGGAUGUAUCUCCCAAAAACAAGUAUGUCAAUUGUUGCUAAGAAUUGGAUGGGAGAAUAAUCUUUACAACGAUGGGGUAUGUGGGGCCAGGGGAUCAUAUUCUGUUACUAGGGAGAAUAAUGGUCUUAUUCUUCUUUAUGUUAAAGGAUCAAAACACCCAACUAGCGUUGUCAAUGUUAAUCAAAUAAACAGCGCUGCUACAUUUGUAUAGGCAUUGUUUAGUCAGAGAAGUAUGUGGCACCCCCAUUGACUCUCUUUAGUUCGGUCCCUGCAGUUUCAAUAUCAAUUACCAACUCACCGGUAUUUAUUGUUUUAUGCAAUAACUGGUUGUGACAAUGUCACACCUCUCGGUUUCUUUGCGAUGUCUAUGCUGACAUUGGUCUUCUACCUUUUGAUAUAGGAUUUGCAACACCGUUGUGACAUCGCUUGCUGGAUUUAUCCGGGGCAAUAAGCGAGUAGGAUUUGAUUCCAUAACGUUUUGUCGAUGGAGAAGUCCUUCAAGUUUAAAAAAUUUGGCAUUGAAUUCUGCAGUGUGUGUAAACAGUUCACCUCAAGUUUUUGAGUUGUGCCAUUAACUUCAGCUCUUAGUUAGCAUCUCCAUUUAUGCUCCUUUCAUGGACUUAUAACUCUGCCUUUUUGAAGUUGUUUCUGUGGAAGGAGUGAAUGAGGAUAACUGCUGCAAAUGAUAUCUAUGGGGUCUAUAUCUCUGUCAGAUUUUCACUUUCUGCCUGUUUUAAUGCAUCACUGAUUAUUACAGAA